AUGGAGGAGCUCAAAUCGCUAGUUACUCAGAAUAACUUGGUGAUCACCGUGUUUUUGGCGUUGUUGAUCUCCAGUAUUUUUUUAAUUGUCAGUCGCUCCAGAAGUGGAUUGAGCAAAUCAUCAAUUGUCACCGAAGACAAUUUGAACACCAAAAACAACUUGCCAACGUUCAUAAUUAUCGGGGCUGCCGACAGUGGCAAAACCAGUUUCUUUCAAUACCUUUCGUACCUUAGCACUGCGAAAACUGAAGACCCCGAUGCUCCAUUGAUGAAACUCCAAGAUUUGGACAUCGCCACCACCAAAUCGUUCAAAUUGAACUUCGAUAAGAUUAAAUUACCAUUCCAAUCGAGUUAUAAAACCCAAUUUUUAUUGAUUGAUAUCCCAGGAGAAGAAAAAGUGUUCAAUGCGAAGAUCAAGGAAAUCGUCAAUAAUUUCACCAACAUUAAAGGUGCGAUCUUCAUGAUCGAUGCCUCGGUGAACAACAACAAGAUCAAUUCGAUAGGGAAACAAAUCUUCAGAUUCUUGAUGUUGAGUGAAACCAGACCAAACGGGAUUGACACCUUGUUGGCAAUUAACAAAACUGACCAAUUUGGUGCCAGGCCAGUGAGCAAAUUCGGAGAGCUUUUGGAACAAGAAAUUAAUGAUAUCAAGAACUUGAAUUUACAAAACUUGAAAUCGGUGAAACAGUCUGCGGACAAUGAUGAUCAGGAUGAGCAAGAUGAAAUUCUUGAAGAGUUUGGGAAUACCAAUGUUAAAUUCCGGUUCCAAAACUUGGAAGGGAACUUUGACGUUUACGGAGGUAGUUUACUUAAAGGUUCUGUUGAUACUUGGAUCAACUGGAUCGAUGAACGGGCCUCUAAUUAA